UGAACAAACCUGAGAUCUAGCCAUAAGUGCAGACAAUACAUUUCCAUGACAAUGAUUCUAUGCUCUCAAUAAUUAUAAACACGCAAAAAUGUAUUUGCUAAAUAAUGUAGAUUAAUUCGAAAAUAUGGUAAACAAUCCACAAUGGAAGGUAACCAAAAUGAUUUAAUUGCUCUAGAAGAAGAAGAAGAAUUAGUAGAAAAAGUUUUACAAGAGCAUUUCAGAGCCGAUAUUGAUACCCAAGAUACGCCAAUUGAACCAGCUGAAUUGAUUACAAUCCACAAACGUAGAAAUACAACAUUACCUGCGAUUGAAAUACGUGAUGGUUUUAAAAAUUAUGGAUAUUUUACUCAUUGGCGACAAGUUCUUAAAGGAUGUAAUUUAAAAGCAAAUAAUGGUGAAAUAUAUGCCAUUUUGGGUCCACAUGCUUCAGGAAAAACUACCAUACUUCAUUUGCUAUUAGGAUUAACACGAUUAAAUCAUGGCGAGGUCGAGAUUUUUGGCUACAAUCCAAGAAAUCCAUUAUGUGGAAUACCUGGUAUUCGUGUAGGUUUUGCGCCACAAAGAGAAGGCCUAUAUUUAGAAUUUUCAAUUGAUGAAAUUUUACGAUAUUACGCAUCCAUUUUAAGAUUAAGCAAUGAAUAUUUAAAUCAUCGAAUAUCAUUUUUAACGAAUUUUUUGUCUUUACCCACGGAAAAGCAUAUUUUAAAAUUAUACGAUGAUAAUAUUCGGCGUCGUGUAUCCUUUGCUAUUGCUAUAUUACAUGAACCACAAUUGUUAAUUUUAGAUGAACCAACGCGUGGUAUUAAUCCUGCAAUACGUAACAGUAUAUGGAAUCAUUUACUGUUUUUAUCAAACGAAAAGGAUACAACAAUAAUAGUUGCAACCGCUAAUUCAAUAGAAGCUGAGUUUUCACAUCGCGUGGGACUUUUACGUGAAGGUCGUAUUAUAGUUGAAGGCCGUCCUAAAACCAUACUUGAUCGUAGCACUGAAAAAAGUUUAGAUGCAUUAUACACUCGUUUAUAUUCGAGAAAAUUGGACAAAUUUGAUACAGUUGUGGAUAAUGUCAUGAAACAAGCAAUUAUAAUUACGCCAGAAAUUUCAGAAUUUAAACAAACUGCAUCAGAAGGUUUUGAUAUUACAUCAAUAUCAUUACGUGAAAUUUCACGACCAAAAGUAGAAACUAAACUGAAGAAAUACGUUUCAAAAUAUGAUAAAUGUAAAAUAUUUUUGGGCAUUCAACGUCCCAAAUGUUAUAAGAUUGUAUCGGUAUCCAAGAAAAAUCUUUUAGUUAUCGCACGCAACUUAUCUUGGAGCGUCUAUUUUCUGUUGGUUACUUUAUCAUUAUUGGUCCUGUUCUAUUAUGGGAUUGGGCAUGAACCACGAAAACUACCCGUCGGUCUUUAUAGUGGCGAAAUUAAGGAAUCCGAUGAAUGUAAGACUAUAUAUUAUAGCUGUCAGAUUUUGUUUCGAAUUGAUACAAAUAUUAUCGAAUUUAUUAAAUUUAACGAUGAACGCUCAUUAUUGGAAUCUGCGAGAAAUGGUGAAUUAAGUGGAUAUAUUUUAUUCCCGAAGGAUUUUACACAAUCUGUACGACAGGAAUUAGCAUCAGAUUUAUUUGCGGGUGAAUUAAAACCAUUAGCAGAUUUAGCAUUUAUUAAAAUUUCAUUGGAUUUGUCGAAUGUGAUUAAUGCAUUUGAAAUUGAGAAGGAAAUUCGUCGAGCUGAAGUAGAUUUUUUUAAUAAAGUUGAUUUGAAUGAAGAAGCUUCUUUGGCCGCUGAUUAUCCUUUAAAAUUUAUGGAACCUUUAUUUGGUACAAAAAAUACCACAUAUUCUGAAUAUGUUGGAACAUCUUUGGUCGUAUGCUGGCCAGUGUCAAUAUCAUUUACAAUUGUAGUCGCUUUCUAUAUGACCGAACGAGAACGAAAAUUACAUCAAAUGUCAUAUUUAAUUGGUAAAUUUUUAAUCUAA